UUGCCUAUCAUGUCAGUAGAUCUACUUGCACUUUAACUGAAAGUCUGUAACCCUCUUAAAAGUUCCCCAGAAAUCUAUAAAAUCCAGAAUUCUGGGACCUAGAAAAAACAUCCUUAAACUGUUUUCUUUUUUCCAUUCUAUGAACAAUCAGUAAUCAGCGAUGUUUUGGUACAGGAGCUUGGUCAAAAUCUCAACGGCAAACAAACCCAAAAGCACCAUUACCACAAAUCUUCUACUGACUUCUUUAUCCCACUUCAGCACCGCCAACCAACCCCCUCCGGUGGCUCGGCUUUCAGGUCUUGGACCCACCAAGCCAGAUGAGAAACCAAGAGUGGUGGUGUUAGGGUCAGGAUGGGCUGGUUGCAGGCUAAUGAAAGGCUUGGAUCCCAAACUGUACGACAUCGUUUGCGUGUCACCUAGGAAUCAUAUGGUAUUUACUCCGCUCUUGGCUUCAACUUGUGUUGGGACUCUUGAGUUCAGGUCCGUGGCUGAACCAAUUGCCAGGAUUCAGCCCUCGAUCUCUUCAGCACCCGGCUCGUAUUUUUUCCUUGCUAAUUCUACUGGUUUGGAUACUGAGAGCCACGAGGUGCAUUGCGAGACUGUUACUGAUGGAGCUGACACCUUGGACCCGUGGAAGUUUAAGAUUUCAUAUGAUAAGUUGGUAAUUGCAUCAGGAGCACAGGCAUCAACUUUUGGAAUCCAUGGCGUGAAAGAACAUGCAAUAUUUUUGCGUGAAGUUCACCACGCUCAGGAAAUUCGCAGGAAACUACUCCUGAACUUGAUGCUAUCUGAUGUGCCAGGGAUUUCUGAAGAAGAGAAACGUAGAUUGCUGCAUUGUGUUGUUGUAGGAGGUGGUCCUACAGGUGUUGAGUUUAGUGGUGAACUUAGUGAUUUUAUUAGGAGGGAUGUUCACCAAAGAUACACACAUGUAAAAGACUAUAUCCGUGUCACACUGAUUGAGGCAAAUGAGAUACUUUCUUCCUUUGAUGAUCGCCUCAGACACUAUGCAAUUAAGCAGUUAACAAAGUCAGGAGUUCGUCUAGUUCGUGGGGUUGUGAACGAUGUUAAACCUGAAAAGCUAAUCCUGAGCGAUGGUUCGGAGGUUCCCUAUGGAUUGUUAGUAUGGUCAACAGGGGUUGGUCCUUCUCCAUUUGUAAACUCUCUAGGACUUCCAAAAUCUCCGGGUGGAAGGAUUGGUAUUGAUGAGUGGCUUCGAGUUCCUACUGUGCAAGAUGUGUUUUCAAUUGGUGACUGCAGUGGGUUUCUGGAAAGUACUGGUAAACCAGUCCUACCAGCUUUAGCGCAGGUUGCUGAGCGACAAGGAAAGUACCUGGCGAACCUAUUGAAUAAAAUCGGUAAAGAUGGCGGAGGACAUGCUGACUGUGCCAAGGACAUAGACUUUGGGGAUCCAUUCGAGUACAAGCAUCUUGGAAGCAUGGCAACAGUUGGCAGAUUCAAGGCUCUUGUUGACCUAAGACAGAGCAAGGAGGCAAAAGGGAUAUCUCUUGCAGGAUUCGUCAGCUGGUUUAUAUGGCGAUCGGCAUAUCUAACACGUGUUGUCAGCUGGAGGAACCGAUUCUAUGUGGCUGUUAACUGGCUUACAACUUUCGUGUUUGGUCGUGACAUAAGCAGAAUAUAGAUUCUAAGUGAGGUAAUUUGUCAGGUUUAAGAGCUGAGUACUCUUGUUCCUUCAUUUGCUUAUCUGUACCAUGUUGUUACACGGAUGAUCAGAUUCCGAGGCUUAUGAUGACUUUUUUCAUAUUAUCAAAAGAUUUAUU